AUGGCUUUUCUAAUAGCAAAAAUCCAAUGGAAAACCAAUAGAUUCUGGCUUUAUUCUUUUUACAAGGACAAGGAGAAGCUAUUGAAUUUCACGAAUUUAAGAGUGUGUCAAGCAGAAAGAUUUUCCACAGAAAAAUUUUGUGUGUCGCAUCUUCCAAUUGAUUGGCCUUGUAUCAGAGCGGUUGAAUUGUGUAAUGGAAAUCGAGAUUGUCCAAAUGGUGAAGAUGAGGAACCGAACAUGUGCAUGUUUCAUUCUUUGAAUCAAGGAUUAUUGCGUCAAUUGCAGCGGGACUUUUUGAGAUUCAGUGGUGCUACACCGUCGUCAACCAUAUACGGAAUUCGACUAACGACAAGGAGAAGCUAU